AUGAAUCAUGAUGAUUGUGUUUUGAAGCAAGCUGGCUGUGAUCAUGUGUUAAACUCGAAGGCCAAGAGAGACAAAUGUGGAGUGUGUGGUGGAGAUGACUCUUCGUGCCAGACCCUGGCAGGUGUCUUCAACAGUGCACAUUAUGCGUUAUCUGACACUCAGGGGAAUUUCCUUCUGAAUGGAAAUUUUGUUGUAAGUAUGGCAAAGAAGGAAAUCAACAUCCAGGGAGCUAUCUUUGAAUACAGUGGAUCAAACAACUCCAUUGAAAGAAUCAAUAGCACUGACCGGCUGGAAGAAGAGCUUGUUCUGCAGGCUCAUUUUGUAACUGUCCCAUUUAGGUACCACUUCAAUAAUAUUCUGGGAAUUCGCUUAAGUCUUCAUAGAAGAAAAAUUGUCUGCAUACGGAAGAGUGACCAUGCAGUUGUAUCAGAUCAAAGCUGUGGCCACUUACCACUGCCAUUGUUUGUGACUGAAAAGUGCAAUGCAGACUGUGAACUCAGGUGGCACAUCACUGGCAAAAGUGAAUGCUCAUCCCAGUGUGGCCAGGGAUACAGGACCCUAGACGUUCACUGCAUGAAGUAUUCCAUUCAUAAAGGACAGACUGUCCCAGUAGAAGACCGCUACUGUGCUGAGCAGCUCAAACCUCCUACCCGAGAGCCAUGCCAUGGCAGCUGUGUUUUAACACGGUGGCAUUAUUCAGAAUGGUCCCAGUGUUCUAGGAGUUGUGGAGGAGGGGAGAAGACUCGAGAGUCCUACUGUGUCAAUGGCUUUGGCCACCGCCUUGAUGAGCGAGAGUGCCAAGAGCUUCCGCCGGUGAUGCUUGGGAAUUGCAAUGAGUUUCCUUGUCCCAGUUGGGCUACUAGUGAGUGGAGUGAGUGUCCUGCCACGUGUGGAAAGGGGAUGAAGCAGCGGCAGGUUUGGUGUCAGCUGAGUGAAGAUCGCAUGAGCGAUGGCUUCUGUAACGCCAGUACCAAGCCCGAGUCGCUGAGACCCUGUGAGCUCCGUGCGUGUGCUUCUUGGCAUGUAGGCCCAUGGGGUUCUUGCACAGCCACCUGUGGACAUGGGUAUCACAUGCGUGCUGUUAAGUGUGUCAGUGAGGUAUUUGGCACCAUGCUAGAUGACAGAGAAUGCCAGGAAGCCAGUCGGCCAAGUGACAGACAGGAAUGUAUAGUUGCACCUUGCCUGGUUGUUCCAAAAGUUGGGGCAUCCUCCUUACCAACCAUUCCCCUGGGAGAGGCAGCACAGUGGCGCCAUGGAUCUUGGACCCCAUGCUCUGUGUCCUGUGGAAGAGGCAGUCAGGCCCGUUAUGUGAGCUGCCGCGACGCCCACGAUGGAGUGGCUGACGAGUCACACUGUGCCCACUUGCCCCGGCCUGCUGAAGUGACUCUCUGCUUCAGCCCUUGUGGCGAGUGGCGAGCUGGGAAUUGGUCACCAUGUUCAGCUUCCUGUGGACAUGGGAAAACCACUAGACACAUUUUAUGCAUGAGCUACCACCAGCCAGUUGACGAGAGUUACUGUGACCCUGAAGUCCGCCCUGUGACUGAACAAGAAUGCAGACUGGCAGCCUGCCCACCCUCACGAAGCCACUCCCCCAGCGCCUCUGAGCAGCCAAGCCAUUUUCCAGGCAGAAAUGUCCCAUUAACUCACAAACCAGAAGAGAAUCACAAUCGGGGUGUCCGCCUGUCAAUCAGAGGAAACCAGUGGAGAACAGGCCCGUGGGGAGCAUGCUCCCGAAGCUGUGCAGGAGGUCUGCAGCACCGGGCUGUGGUCUGCCAGGAUGAAGAUGGCCGCAGUGCUACUUACUGUGACGUGGCCUCCAAGCCCCCUGAGUCAAAUCGAUGUGGCUCUGGACCCUGUCCACACUGGAAUUUUGGGGACUGGGGAGAAUGCACACAGACAUGUGGUGGAGGAAUAAAAUCAAGGUUUGUGAUAUGCCAGUUUCCCGAUGGCCAAAUGGCACAAGAACACAACUGUGAACUGCCCAAGCCACCUAGCAUGAUGCAGUGUCAUGUGCAUGCCUGCCCUGAUGAUGUGUCCUGGUAUCGGGGACCAUGGAAAUCGUGCUCAACUUCUUGUGGCAGAGGUACAAAGUACCGAGAGGUCCUUUGCAUUGAUCAAUUCCAAAGAAAAUUAGAAGAAAAAUAUUGCAGUCAUCUGCAGAAACCUCGAACUCAUAAAGCUUGUAGGUCGGGACGAUGCCCUUCAUGGAAAGCCAAUAGAUGGAAGGAGUGCUCUGUGACCUGUGGCUCAGGGCUGCAGCGGAGGGAAGUGUACUGCAGACUGAGAGGCACCGGUCCAGUGGCUGAAGACAUGUGUGAUCCAGCCACCCGGCCUCAGGAACACCGCCAGUGCUGGCAUCAGGACUGUGUGAAAUACCAGUGGACAGCAGGACCCUGGCUAGAUUGUUCAACAUCAUGCAAGAAAAAAGAGACCUAUCGUCCAGUGAAAUGCAUGAAUGAAAAAAAUAUACAAGUGAAUGAAAGUUUCUGCGAUCCUUUAACGAAACCUCUUUCAACCAAGAAGUGCAGGAACCCUCUCUGCAAGUAUGUGGUAGUGACAGGAGACUCAUCGCAGUGUGCAGGUAACUGUGGGUUCACUCACCCACAGAAGAUUACAUACUGCACCAGGAUCCAGUCCUCUAAGAAGCAUGCGCUCUAUCAGCUGAGGCCUGUAGACUAUGAAGAGUGCCCCGUGACACCGUCUCCCCAGGUGUACAAAUGCAACAUUGGAAGCUGUUUGCAUGUAGCCACUUGGAAAGUGGGGAAAUGGAGCAAGUGCUCAGUAACUUGUGGAAAUGGGAUAAUGGAGAGAAGAGUAGAAUGCAGGACUGAGAACGGUUGGCCCAGUGACUUAUGCUUAAAGCGUUUAAAGCCAGAUGCUCAAAAGAAAUGUUAUGCCAAUGACUGCAAAUCAUUAACCACCUGCAAAGAAAUCCAAGUUAUGAACAACAUUACCAAAGAUGGUGACUACGACCUUAACAUCAAGGGAAGGAUAGUGAAGAUCCAUUGCUCGGGCAUGCAACUGGAGAAUCCUAAAGAAUAUUUAUCACUGGUCAAAGGUGAAGACAACUUUUCUGAAGUAUAUGGCCUUAGACUUCAAAAUCCCUACGAAUGCCCCUUCAAUGGAAGUAGGAGGCAAGACUGUGUGUGUAAAAAUGACUACCUACCAGCUGGAUACACUGCUUUCAGCAAAGUGAGAGUUGAUCUCACUUCCAUGCAAAUCAAAACUACAGAUCUUCUUUUUUCCAAGACACUAUUUGGAAAGGCAGUUCCAUUUGCUACAGCUGGAGACUGCUACAGUGCUGCCAGAUGUCCACAGGGGCAGUUCAGCAUUAACUUGGCAGGAACUGGUAUGAAGAUAUCCAGUACAGCAAAGUGGCUCGCUCAGGGGAGGUAUGCCUCUGUUAUCAUCCACAGAUCCCAGGAUGGAACCAAAGUCUAUGGCAGAUGUGGAGGGUACUGUGGGAAAUGCAUUCCUCACGUGGCCACGGGGCUCCCAAUUCAAGUACUCUGAACAUUGAGAACUUGGAAGUACUGCCAAGUGGCUGGUCGGGAGUGGGGGGACUGCUUCGUGAAACAGUUAUCUGGUGCUCCUUUCUCACUCCUGGCUUCCUAAGACUUCCAUAUUCAAAUAUUUUUUUUGUCUGGGUGCUCAUCAGUGUUUCAGCCCACUUAAUGUUUAUAGGUUUUCAGGAGAAACUUAACAGACAUGUCAUAAUUUAUUAUGGGGAAUACAAGCAUGUGUGAAUGAAUUAUACCAAGAGAAUGUUGCUGUUAACAGCUUGAACUGGACCAUAAUUAUGUUCUACUGUUAAGCACACAUGUAUAUAAAUCUCUAAUCAGCUUCCUACAGUAAUGAAGUGUCAUUGUGAUAUUAAAAUAGAGCAAACAAGAGUGAGGAGCGACUAUUUUAAAUUACUACAAGCAUCAUUAAAUCUCUCAGUGAAUGUCAAAUUAAUAAUUAUGUCAAACAAGCAUGUAGACAUCAUACUUCUUCCUGAUAUGAUUUUGAUCUACUGUUUUCCCUUUUCUUUAACUUUAAUGUAUGGACUUCGGUGCUUCAAUACAAAUGGUUCUAAAAAUGUAAUACAAUAUUUUUAUUAGAAAUGUGCUUGUGUUAAGUAUUAAGUAGAAAAUGUGGCAAAAUACAGAAGAUAUGUUGGGAUUUGAGUUUUAAAGCCUACCUCUAAUCUGAUUAUACUUAUGAGUGAUAUGCUGUUUUUAGAAUGUUUUGUACCAUUAUACCUUUACAACUCAUAUAUGUAACUACCCUCAAAAUAUAUUUUCUCAAGAUUAUAUACUUUAUUUUGUUAACUAAGUAGAAAGAUGGAGAUUCUUAAAAUUCUGAUGAUCCUAAGGUUUGGUUAAACACACAAUUUUAUUAUGGAUUGUGUGGUCAGGGUUCUAGUCUAGAACAGGAUAGACAGAUCACAUUUUUUUCUGAGACAGGGUUUCUCUGUGUAACUUUGAAUGAAGCCUAUCCUGACACUAGCUCUAUAGACCAGGCUGGCCUCGAAGUCACAGAGAUCUGCCUGUCUCUGCCUCCCAAAUGCUGGAAGGAGUGUGCCACCAAUGCCCAGCAAUAGAACACAUUUUAAAGGGAGUUAUUAGAUUGGUUUACAUGAUGCAGUCUGUAUAUUCCAGCAAUAGUUGUCUUCACACUGGAGAGCUGGAUGCCCCAGCUGUCUCAGUCUGGUUCUAAUGUCCUAGACCCUUGGAGAGAUGGAGGAGUGGUGCCCGGAUGACACUACAGCAAGGAUGUUGGUCUUUAAGACACAUGGGAAAGCAGAAAAGCUGAUGUUAGAAGAAAAUGACAACCCAGUCAGUGAGUGCACCAGCAAGACAGGAAGGCAAGCAGGGGAGAGCGAAAGCUUUUUCCUCCAAAGUUAGGAUGGAUCUUCCCCCACAGUAAAUGUAAUGGGACAGUCUCUCAGAGGUGUGCACAGGAAGCCUGCCCUAUGGGCAAGUUCAGAUCCUGUAGCGCUGAAGGUCAAUAGUACCCAUCUCAGGGAAGCUGGGCUACCUUCUACUGGGGUGUUCCCAGAGAUAGAACAUGAAUGAAUAUAAAAAUCCCCCACUAUAGGUGGAUAAUUUAAUUGUGUGUUAUAUGAUGAUGGGGUUUUCAAAAGCAAAUCAGCAAAUAUCUUCCCAUGUCGA